AGGAAGUGUAAAUAAACUUCUUUUCCACGAAGUCACACUGAUAAAAUAUUUGCAGAAAAAAGAGGUCAAUAUAUCUGUCGUUUGUACAUAAUAUGUCAUUUGACUGUGAUUUGAUACGCAAUAAAUAGACAAAGAAACAAACAAAGAAGGAAGUAAUUCAACUAAAUAAAGAUCAACAUUAGGUAAGACAUGGAGGUCCCAGGUCGAACACAAAACAGUCCACCAAAAGAAAGUGCAGUAUUUUGUCAACCAUGUAAUAGUGACGGCGAAACGAUAGUUGCCAUUGGAUACUGUCAAAAUUGUAACGAGUAUUUAUGUGCAAUAUGUCUAAAAGUCCACCGCAAGCAAGCCGUGUCAAGAAAUCAUAUUAUUCUGGUUGGUGACAAUAUGCCCAAAGUAUCACUUCCGGUUGUAACGCCAAACGCAUGCUCUGAAAUAUGUACCAAACACGAAAAUGAAAUAGUUAAAUAUUUCUGCAUGUCACAUGAUGCCGUGGGUUGUGGAGAUUGUAUGAUCAUUGAUCAUAAAUCCUGUAAAGUUGAUCGUAUACAAGAUAUAUCUUUAGAAUAUUUCAAUGGCACUGAACACCAAAAUAUCCUAAAGAAGGUAGAGCAGUUUGUGAAAGAUAUCGAUGAAAUAAAAUUGGAGCUACAAGCCAGCGAAGGAAAUACGAGACAAGCAUACACACAAGCAAUCAAAGAUGUCAAAGCAUUCAAGAAAGAAAUCAUCGAUUAUCUUAAUAAGGCAGAAAGAGAAAUGCUUGAAAUGAUAAACGAAAGGAAAAAGAAGAAUGAGAUGCUGAUACAGGAACUAAAACAAGCAGAAAGUCAUAUUGGAAGAAAUAUUAAGGAAAUACAGACGAAAUUACAGCUACAGGUAAACCAAGCGAAUGAGUUGUUUGUUGAAGCAAAACAAGUAAAAGCAAAACUUAACGUUAUUGACGAAAAUCUGAAUAGGUUGAAAAAAGACAUCAGCAUUGAUGUAUAUACAUUUCAACAUUCUUCUUCCAUGGAGCAAAUGGUCAAGUCUUGUGUUCCGCUCGGUGACAUAGUUGAUGGAUCAAAGCAAAAGAUCGAACAAAAGGCAUCAAAACACGAUUGUCUUGUUUCUAGCAAAGAAGUAACAGAUCAAACUGGUUUAGACAGGAAGAAUAUUUCUAAAAUGGAUGCUUAUUUUGAUUGUGAGAUAAACAUUAAAACACAAGAUGAUGCUUCAGAUUGCUGUAUUAGAAACUGUGCAGUGAUUUGCCCAAGUCAGAUUAUAGUCACUGAUGCGAAUAAUAAAUGUGUGAAAUUAGUUGAUGUCAAUAACAAAGAAGUUUCAAAGUACAAUCUUAAGUAUCGUCCUACUGGUGCAGCAGUAGUAAAUCCCAAUCUGGUUGCUGUGACAUUUCCUGAUGAUAGGAAGAUACAAUGUUUGACCAUAACAACAGGUAAUAAAAUCAUUGAAUGCGAUAUGAUCAAUGUCCGUAAAGGUUGUCACAAAAUUGCAAUCCAUGAAUAUAAGAUUAUUGGUAUAACCGACAUUAGUGUUGAGAUUAUGAGUAUGAACGGACAACUGAUAAAAUCUUUAUCUGAUCCAAAUAUGAAAAGGUUAAUGGAUAUUGCUGUCGUACCAAGUUCACAGAUGUUUUAUGUCAGUAAUAGUUCAUUGGGGUAUAAGGCUGUUUUAAAAUUCGAUUUUGAUGGCAAUCUGAUAGCAACAUACCAGGACAAGGAUCUGGUAGAUGUGAGAGGAUUAGAAGUAACAAAAGACGGUACAGUGCUUGUGUGUAACUGGGCUGGAAAUGGCAGUAUCCAUAUGAUUACUCCUGACUGUAAAAAGAUGAAAGAACUCUUGGAGAAAAAUCAACACAUUUAUUGUCCAUAUUGUGUUACUUUCUGUAAUGAAACAAAUAAACUUUUUGUUGGAAACUAUGCUUCAAAUAUUGACAAACAAUUUAAAAACGUUUUGAAAGUAUUUCAAUUAAGGUAGAUUUUAAUUUCAUAAGAAAUCAAAUGUCUGAUGCAAAACAGAAAUGGAAAAACAGUAAUGGCUAUGUUCAAAAUAUUAUUGUUUAGUUGAUACUUUAAAUAAUUGAUACAAAUGUUUUAUAAAUAAGAAGGCAUUAUAAUAAAAGACACGUCUUGAAGAGAGAAAGAAAAAUGCCAACAAAGACUUUAAUUUAAGGAUUUAUUAUUGUUACAUACAUGUAUAUACAUUGUUAAAUAUAUAUUGCAUAUCUGUAUAUAAUGUUGGACAUUUUUAUUCAGUGCCUUAUUUACCGGUAAGUACUCGUAGGCUUUUAUUUGAUGAAGAAGACAAAAAGAGUUACAGAAGUAUACCUUUCAAGUAGAGAACUUUUGUGAGAUACAGAACUUUCCAAAUUGGCAGCUGAUUUUGGGAGAAGUCAUGACCUGAUUUCAGUUCUUAUAUAAUCAUAAAAUCAAACACCUCGCAGUGGUUACUUCCCCUAAUCUGAACAGUAUCUAUGCCGAAGAAUGAAGGGGAGAUAACUGCAUGGUGAUUGCUAUAAAGUUUUACACGCUUCACAAUUAUCCCAUAUCUAACACAUAUGGCAAUCAAUAGAGGAUAUUGAAUGAGUGUAGAUUCAAUAUUGAAUUUUUUGUACGAGUCAAAUAAAAUCAUAUUAUGCAAGCC